AUGUCUUACACAGAAUUCGAAUCCCUCGCCAACGUUCUCGGCCACUGUCUCGAGAAUCCAGAACAACACGAGAUCUCAUUCAACUUUCCGGUCACUGAACUGCUUCCUCCGGAUGUCAAACCUCAUCUGGAGAUACCGCGAGACCUCAGCUAUAGGGAGAUGCCUGACGUUCGUGCUUACUUGCCCGAUCCGAACGAUCUGAACUUCCUCCACCGUAUACCGGUCAACAUUACUCCCGCGAUGCAUGGUGUAUCUCCAGAUCUGCAUUCGCGUUGUUUGAUCGCGAGUAUUGAGCGUCUUAGUGCGAACAAGGGGAGCUCGACAUUCGAUAUCGUGGGCUACUACGAGGGCCGUGUCAUUGUGCAUCACAUUCAUCUAGCGACCACGUGGAAGAUUAGCAGUGGCGAGGUCACUGAGGUCAAAGGUUUCUGUCUUGAUGAGGACGAAUUUGACUACAUCCCCACCGCUAAGGAGACCUUCUGCAACCACUUCAUCCGCCGUGGCCUUGAUGCAGAUGGCAACGAGAUCAAGCUCCGCCUCAAAAGCCUCGAAAAUUUGAGUGAGCACGCUGUAGUCUGGGUCCGGCCACCAACUUGCAGGCACAAGAUCCAAAUCGAAAUCGCUUCCCUCUGGCACGCAACCGAGGGAAAAGUCCUGAUGCUCGCAUGCGAUGAGCCAGGCUGUUCGGCACUCUUUUUCUCCGAGCACGAACGGAAGAAGAUUGAGCUCGGAUUCGAGAAGCGUAGACGUCAACAGUUCCUGGCGGAGCAGCAUUGGUGGGCUCUAUUCGACUUCUGUACGGAGGAUAGGUAUGCCUUGGUUGAGAUUGGAGAUGCGCAGAUGUUGCAGGCGCUGGGAAUUGCGCUGCCUUCUAUGCGAGCGCCGGAGACGGUCAUGCCGGGUGUUAUGUCUUUGGUUGACUCGAUUGAGAUUCGAGCUGCUGUUGCUGGGCUUGAGUGGGAGUUUGGAGGUGCACAGGGUUUGGCAAGGACGAUGGCUCUAAGGGAGGCGCAUGGAAGAUUGAUUCAGAUGGCUGAGGUGGCUAUCCGGGCUUUGGUGAACAGGUCGGUAAUGGACGGGUCGAAUAAGGCUGAAGUUAGGGAUGAUAUGGUCGCUGAAUAG